AUGCUGACUGUGACUUCCCAGGUCAACGUUCCCAAGACCCGCCGAACCUACUGCAAGGGCAAGAAGUGCAUGAAGCACACCCAGCACAAGGUCACCCAAUACAAGGCAGGAAAGGCCUCUCUGUUCGCGCAGGGUAAGCGUCGUUAUGACCGCAAGCAAUCCGGUUACGGAGGUCAGACCAAGCCCGUCUUCCACAAGAAAGCGAAGACCACCAAGAAGGUCGUUCUCCGUCUAGAGUGCACACAGUGCAAGACCAAGGCACAGCUCGCCCUCAAGCGAUGCAAGCACUUCGAGCUCGGUGGUGACAAGAAGACCAAGGGUGCCGCUCUCGUCUUCUAA